AUGGAUAGGAAGGACACACUUCUUAAUUAUUUUGAUACUGUUGAUGAUAGUAAUCUAACAGUCGUUGUACAUUCCACCACCCCCAAAAUUUUCUCUAAUAAAUUGUUAGAAAACUUUUAUCUGUUUUUUAUUCACAACAUCUUGAGUGAGGUGUUAGCAGAAUAUAGUCUCGACUCUGAUGAUAUAGAUUCCAUCCCUUUGUUUGAACUGCAAAUUCACGAGAUUCAAGAUGAUAAUGAGAUCUUCAAGCGUUGCAUGAAAGAAAUUUUGGGUAGAUUGUGUUCCUAUGGAACUUUACAGCUAGACAGCGUAGAGGCUAUGUAUAAUGAGUAUGUAGUAGCACUUCUUCAUGCUUCCAUCCAUAUUGUCAUGAAUAUAAUAAACAAGGAGCUUAGCAUACGUCCUCAGUAUGGAAUAGUUGGCGAAGAAAAUUGA